AAAGUUUUGUUGUGCGGAGGUCGCCAUGAAUCACUCAGUAUGGUGCCUGUUUUGCAUUUCCCUGUUUCUGCUGUCGCCCCCGACUGAACAGGUUUCUACUGCCUCCGAUCCGCACUACUGGGCCGGUGUGGUAGAGUUCAGUUCGCAGCCUAUCGAGGGAGAGUCCGACAUCGCGGCCACCGAGCGGCGGCUGGCGAAAUACUUGGAAAUUAUUGCCUCACCCGAUGCUGUCCCUGCCGAUGUGCUUGCGUUCCCGGAGAACACUCUGGAUACCCGAUCGACGGCCUCUUUCGUGCCUCAUCCGGCCGAUCGCAUCAUACCGUGUAACAAUCUUCGGUACGAAAAGACCGUCCGGGACGUGUCGUGCGAAGCGCAAAGAACCAAGAAGUACGUGCUGAUCAAUCUGACCGAGAAAGCGCGCUGUCCGGAAGGCGGCGACACGCGGCCCUGCGGUCCUGAUGGGCAUUACCACUUCAACACCAACGUGGCGUUCGAUCGCGACGGCAUGGUGGUGUCCCGGUACCGAAAGUUUCACCUUUUCGGUGAAGCCGGCAUGAACACGACCGUUUUCCCGGAGAUCGCCAGCUUCGAGACGGACUUUGGUGUAACGUUCGGGCACUUUAUCUGUUUCGAUAUGAUGUUUAAUCAACCCGCGCUGGACCUGGUCGCGCUCAGGGUGACGGAUUUCAUCUUCCCAACGAUGUGGUUCUCCGAGCUACCGUUUCUGACGGCCUCACAGAUUCAGCAGGGUUGGGCACUGUCGAACAAUGUGAACCUUCUGGCGGCCGGUGCCAGCUGGCCGGCUGUCGGAAGUACCGGAACCGGGAUUUACUCCGGCAAACGCGGGACCAUCACCACCGUUAUGAACCACGAAGCAGAUACGAAACUCUACAUCGCGCAGGUGCCGAAGAUACAGUUCCCGGAAACACCAGUCAGCAAGCUGCCACAGCAUUCCGGUACUCCGUCGCAGAUGGCCAAGUUGCGAUUGAAGCGCGACCACAUCGAUGGCUACAAAACGAGCGACCUACCGAUGGUGUCGAACGCGGCUUAUGAGAAGAGUGUGUGCUACGAUAGCACCUCCUUUUGCUGUAGCUUCACGAUCAAUUACACCGUCAAGGAAAUGCUCCCGUCACAGAAUCAUUACCGCUACAAACUGGUGGCCUACGAUGCCGAGCGUACGUUCGAUGGGUUCGCCGACGGUGAAAUUACCACCUGUGCCAUUCUUGCCUGCUCCUCGGACAACUAUGCCGACUGCUCGCAAAGAUUUGGCGAGGGCCAGUCGUACGAGGACAGCGUCACUUUUAACGCAAUCAGCAUCAGCGCGAAAUUCGCCAACAACUACGAAACCUUUGUGUUGCCUACGUCGGUCGAUACUAGCAUUAUGCCUUUGGACGUAACCGAAACGGAGUACACCGUAGUUCCCAGUGCCACCGACAAUGAACCACACAACAUGAUCACCUAUAAGUUGAUCCGUCCCCGGUCCGAUCUCUUAUCGUUCGCUAUUUGGUCGCGCAAGUUCGAUUACAGAGCUUCCGGGGCCCCACUGCCCGGCGUGGUGCCGUCGUUAGUAUUGCUCGCUGCACUGUGGGGUGUGAUGAGGAACGUUUGCCGAUUCUAACGACCUAAUCUGCCUUACGCGUUUUCUUUCCCGUAGCCAAAGGAUUCACACCGACGAACUGUAGCGGGUUGCGGGAAGGGUCACGAUCAUCGCGCCUCAUGAAAAUGCUAUCACUCAUUGCACCGUUCGAUUACUAUUCGGUUUCGGAAGCGAAAAGUUUGCCGAA